AUGAAUCGCAGGCCGCUGGCUCCAGCGCCAUCGACCGUCAUCAAUGUCGCUUCCACAUCGCUCAGAUCUCAGUCCCGGACUGCAUCGCACAGAGGUUCGGGAGGAUACACGGAGAUGAGGGCACAGAUCCGCAAGGAGCGCGAGCACGAAAGUCAACAACGUUCCCAUGCCCAGCCUGCUCCGCUUCGUGACGUUGAAACGCAACCUCGCAAGCAGGCCAGUGUCAACACCCACUCUCAAACCCACCUCUCCGCGAGCAUCUCGAACCAAAAAAUUAGCCACUUUUCGACUUCGGAGGACGAUGCUAUCGACAAUCAGCUGUCUACGGAUAAGAAGAGCUAUCCUCGUGUCUUGCCUGCGUCCGGAUCUGGCAUCAACGCUGACAACAGCGUCAACAUGUCCGCAACUUCGAGUCAGAUCUCGUCCUCCUCGUCCACUGGCGUCGUCAAGAAGCGCAGCCAGACCGUCUCAACACAGGAACCGCAGCUCCAGCAGCAACAACCAUCGCAGCCGCCUGCCUCGACCUCGCAGAUCGCCAUUCGCGACUCACAUCAGCAUCUGUAUCAGCAUCAGCAUCAACACGAGCAUCAGCACGAGCAUCAGCAGCCGGAUCGCAUUCCACAAUCUUCUAUCACAUCAGCUUCGAGGGCAGAGUCCUACUCUGAUAUUCCUUCGCCUCCCACCUCUCCUGAGCAGCGCAUCGGCGUCGAUACUAUGCAUGCUGCCUUCUCCGCAAAGUACUACGAGCUCGCUGUCAAGUGCAGAGGCUGGGAAACGUUUGCCGCCAAGCUCAGGGCACAGAUCGGAGCCCUCGAGGCUGAGCAUCGUGUUCUCAAGGAGCACAACGCUCUGCUCGAGGCGGAGAACGCGAAGCUUCACGUCUAUCUCCAUAGAGAGGAGAAGACACGUACCCAGCUUCAGGGCCGCAUGAGCUCGCUAGAAGACUGUCUGUCUCAACGCCCUUUUCCCGGGAGCAACCUCGGCUCACCGUACCAAGCUCUCGACAUGCGAGACUACGAUCAUCUCUCUGUGCCUUCAGCUCCCUCGUCCGUCGAGAGAGCGAAUCAAGUAACAGCGAGCUUCGGCCACACGCCGUACUGCUCGUCGAAUCUGCAAGUCGAAGAUCGUUCCGAGCUUCGUCCUCAGGCCAUGCCGAGCCUACCAAUCAACGCCGGUGUUCUCCAGACGACUACCGUUACUCAACAUCUCAACGUCGACUCGGAGAAGAGGCAGGCCAUAGCGAUGCAAGCCAGGGAGCUCGAGGCGCUGCACAGCAAGUGGGAUAGCUCGCGUCCGCUUGAAGACGUGGCGUACAGCCCUGAAGACGUACAGUAUGCUGCUUAUGCAGCCGCCGCCAACGCUGAAGGACGGAGCUCGCGUCUCGCUACUCAUACAGAUGUUCCCUCAAGCCACAUCGCUCACAAAAGAUCAGGAACGGUCGGUGCCAUCGGAAUGUUUGCACCGCGAUCCGGAUCUGUCCUCGGAGUUCAACGAGGGCACUUGCUCAGCUCUCAGACGCAAGCACAGAGUCAGCAAGAGUCGGCCUCGGGCGUCGCACGUCCAGCUUCGGCACAGCGUUUCAAUGGUACGGUCCUGGAGAACAACGUGUCGACGACAGCCGCCAGCAUCGUGGCAGGCAGUGGUGUGGCCAAAGCCGCUCUGCAGAGCAAACGCCGAAGCACUGUGUCCGGCGACCGCGGUCCAAGCCUCAGCCUCGCUCAGAUCGUCAAAGGUGCCCUCACCGCGUCCGGCGUUGUAGCUACCGCUUCAUCCCAGUCCCAGAGUCGACAAACCAGCCCCAGCGACAAGGCGCUCACCAGCAGCGACUACCUGCAGGGCUGCCUCGAAAAACGACGCGAAGCGAUGCGCUCUACCUUUACUGCUCAGCAGAAAGGCACGACUCCUGCCGGCGGUCAGGCGGGUGGUGCCUCACGUCCUGUAUCCCGAGCAGCUUCCCGACUCAGCACUCAAUCAGGCACCCGCAGCCGUAGCCGAGCCGGAAGCGUCCACGAUGCUAUCCCUCUCGCGAUCGAAGAUGUGUUCUGCAACCCAAAGACAGUUAAGGCGCAUUCGAGAGACACAUCGCCCGAGCUGCCUACGCAGCAACUUGCUGCCGCCUCUCUCACCUCCCAUACUGACAUCAGCGUUGCCUCGCAGCGACUGAUGGCAGUCACCGAUACCCAUUACCAAGCGGCGCAACCCACGUCGCGACAAGAACUUAGUUCUGCAUUCUCCAGCCCUGGCUCCUUCAUGCCCGCCUCCACCGCCACCUACCAGGAUCAGGAUGAGGGGGAGGACGAGCAUCUCAGCUACAUGUCGUUCGAGAGAAAGCUCUACAUUCGCAUUCAGGAGGAGCUCGACGACGAGGAUUUCGCCAAGUUCGAGCGAUGCAUCCAGCGCUAUGAUUUCCUCGACAUUCCUCUCGAAGGCAGCAAGGGACUGAUCACUCGUGUCAAGCGUCUCUUGCUCGUUUCCAGUCCUGACCUUCGCACGCAGCCGGACAAGCUUCGCGUGCGUCAGAGCCUGGCUCGCGAUUUUGAAAAGAUGGCUCUGCAGUUCAGUCAGGCCAAAAAAGCUCAGUCGGCAGCGGCGUCGCAGGAGUUCCAGUGA